UGCAUUUGGUUUAGUGCAGCUCGGAUGAAACCUGGUCGCCAUCUUUACUCUCCAUCCCAGCACACAUCGCUGCCGGUGGGGCGGAAACACCGACUCAUCGACCCGGUUCAUUUCUGAGGAAGUACCGAUAGACCUGACACACACACAUACACACACAUACAUACACACACACCCUCCGAGAUUUUUAACCACUGAAUACUCGUCCCGUUGCCACUCAACACACACGAUGGGAGAGCGAGAGGACAUGGUUUACCAGGCGAAGCUUGCCGAGCAGGCGGAGCGAUAUGACGAGAUGGUGGUGUCGAUGAAGAACGUGGCGGGGAUGAACGUGGAGCUCACAGUCGAGGAGAGGAACUUAUUAUCGGUCGCCUACAAGAACGUGAUCGGGGCCCGAAGAGCCUCCUGGAGGAUAAUCAGCAGCAUCGAGCAGCGGGAGGAGAACAAGGGCGGAGAGGAGAAACUCAAGAUGAUCCAGGACUACAGGCAAACGGUUGAAAAGGAGCUGAAGGAUAUCUGUGGAGACAUCCUGGACGCUCUGGAGCGACACCUGCUCCCCUCGGCCGUCAUGGGAGAGUCCAAGGUCUUCUACAACAAAAUGAAGGGAGAUUACCACCGGUACCUGGCAGAGUUUGCCACGGGGAACAACAGGAAGGAGGCAGCAGAGAACAGUCUCGUUGCGUAUAAAACUGCAACAGACCUCGCCAUGCUGGAGCUUCCUCCAACGCACCCCAUCCGCCUGGGACUCGCUCUCAACUUCUCCGUCUUCUACUACGAGAUCCUCAACUCCCCCGACCGCGCCUGCAGGUUGGCGAAGGCUGCGUUCGAUGACGCCAUCACAGAACUGGACACACUGAAUGAAGACAGCUACAAGGACUCCACACUCAUCAUGCAGUUGUUACGUGAUAACCUCACAUUAUGGACUUCAGAUAUGCAGGGAGAAGGUGAAGAACAGAACAAAGAGGCGCUGCAGGACGUUGAGGAUGAAGCUCAGUGAGACGACCAACCGACAGCCAACAACUCAGACCCUCCCUCAUCUUCCUCCAGACCCUCAAUCCUCCUCCUCUUCCUCACCUCCUCCAGACCCUCAAUCCUCCUCCUCUUCCUCACCUCCUCCAACAACUCAGACCCUCCCUCAUCUUCCUCCUCCAGACCCUCAAUCCUCCUCCUCUUCCUCACCUCCUCCAACAACUCAGACCCUCCCUCAUCUUCCUCCUCCAGACCCUCAAUCCUCCU